CAAAUAGUAAACUUGGAACGAUACAUGAAAUUUUUAGUUGGCAUGAGUGGGCUUGGCCAGAUGAGGAAGAAGAAGUCAGAUAUAUUUUGGCUAGGUCAUUACCAGAGUUAGGACCAUGGGAAAAAUAUACACUUGAACAAAUUAUAAAAAUUGCAAAAGAUUAUAUUUUUAAAAGGCCAGAACCAUUACUAUCAGAGCAUACGACGCCUCCUAAGUCUUGGACUAUGCCAGCACCACAUAUUUAA